UUUUAUGGACUCUGUUUUCGCCAUAAUAUCGCGACGACGUCACGAAGCCGUCACGGUAGUUUCUUUCCAUUCCGCGUAAAGAACAUCGCGAUCGAUAUUGAUCUCUCUCUCUCUCGGCAAGUCGCGUUACAUGGAACGUAUUUGAAUACGCGUUGCGUGAGUAAUUAGUUAAUUAGCGCCGGUAGUAUUGAGCAAGCUUAACUGAUCGUCAUUUGUCUAUUCGUUAAUUAAAGACAUUUGCUAUCGCGACGUUGCGUAGAGCCAGAAGGGAGGGAAGAAGUAAUUUUAGGAAUGAAUUGAAAUUAACUCAUCGCGUUAAAUAGAAGAUAAGCCUCGCGUUAAUAUGCGCCGUGAGUUUCUCCAUGACAUUAAUCGAUGUUUGCAUUCUCACAAUUUCGAUGGACUCUAGCAAUUUUCGCCAUGAUACUGAUGACGCGACGAGCGUCAUGAUGAUUUCCGUCAGACGCAUAAGAAACGCCGCAAUCGUCAGUCUCUCUCUGCGACAUUACGUCGACGUACUUGAAUAUUAUACACACGUGCCGUAAAGUAACUUUGGCCAAGAAUAGGAAUAAGAAGAAGAAGAAGACGUGUUUUGGAAGUGUAUCGCGAGUAUUGUCGAGUGUUAUUAGUGCGUACGCGAUAGUUUCCCAUUCAUAAUGGAAUGUGCUCGCGCGAGUGAACAAGGAUAUGACUGUGACAGUGAAGCGACUCGACGGCGAUGAAUUAUGGCUAGAACGCAUCGAUUGGAAUAAGAAUAAAACAUCAGGAAAAAUCGCGGCGCGUGGGAAAUUGGAUUUUUGAUGACGUGGCAGCAGCGAUAUUUGGAACUUUUGUCGUCAUGCCGUGCAUUGACCAUUGCGUACGCGUUGAUCUGAGGACAGUGUCUUUUGAUGUGCCACCGCAAGAGGUACUUACCAAAGACUCCGUCACCGUGAGCGUUGACGCGGUCGUCUACUACCGCAUAAAGGAGCCCCUGAGUGCCGUUGUAAAAAUCGCAAACUAUAGCCAUUCGACGCGGCUACUGGCCGCGAGCACGCUGCGAACGGUUCUCGGCACGAGGAAUCUCGCUGAGAUCCUGUCGGAGCGGGAGACGAUAUCCCACACCAUGCAGACCGCCCUGGACGAGGCAACAGAUCCUUGGGGAGUCAAAGUCGAGAGGGUCGAAAUAAAGGACGUCCGACUUCCGGUACAGCUCCAACGAGCCAUGGCUACGGAGGCGGAAGCUACGAGGGAGGCGAGGGCCAAAGUGAUUGCGGCGGAAGGAGAAAUGCGAGCUUCCCAUUCCCUGAAAGAGGCCAGUGACGUCAUUUCCACGAGUCCCGCAGCUCUGCAGUUGCGAUACCUGCAAACUCUGAACAACAUAUGUGGCGAGAAGAAUUCGACGGUCAUAUUUCCGCUGCCGGUUGAGUUCCUGGCACCUUUAUUCUCCACCAACUUGCGCGAUCGUCAAGAAACUGCACAGGCGGGAUCCUUAUAUAAGGCGGAAGAUAAACAUUAAAAAUAAUGAUCCUCUUUCCUACUGCAAGACAAUUAUUAUUACAGCACAAAGAGAAUACGCGAUGUUGUUACUUUGAAAAUAACUACGUGAAGAAAAUAAUUAAAUGAAGAAAGAGAGGCAAAAA